GUCCUCAACCGCAUCUAUUACAUCUGAACUGCAUGCAGCUGCCAGAUUCCAUCCAGAUCUCGUGCCCUGUUGCACCGACUCGUCCAUCUCUACCCCGACUGGGAGCUGGGCACACGUGGUGUUGCUCCAGCAGAUGGGUUCCUGGAAGACGCGGCUCUUUUCUCGUGUCAAGCAUCAAACACCAAGACCUUUGACGCCCACUGCUCAAACCUCCCAAGUCCACUGCUAAGAUCCCAAAAUGGGAUCUCUGCCGCACUCGCACUGCAUUACGCCGACGCUCGUUGAGGACUAUACCGAUAGCACCGACGUCAAGGGUCACCAAUCGCUUAUGUCUUGGAGAGCCGGAAGGCACCGUGGUGGGAAGGAGAACCGCCGUGUAGGAGCUUGGCCGCCUGACUCGACUCUUCCUGGGAAGGAGAACCGCCACCGACGAUGCAGGCGGACGAAAUCUUCCACCAGCCGCCGCAUGCCAGGGAACAAAGCUUCGCAUGCCACUCGCACGAGCCUGACCCAUCACAUGCAUUCCCUCUCACACCCGAGGGGCGGUUCGGGAUCAUCUAUGCCGAUAUUUUACCAGACUUGGACCAUUGCCAAGUGGUGGCACUCUCCACACUGCUUGAUCCUUCACAAGCACUCCACAAGACUCCACAAGCUGUUUGGACGGCACCGUGGCGGGGUUGGCGAACCCCAGAGACUAGCGACUCAAGAUGCAGCAUUGGCGCCCACAGGGUCGCGCAUGCAGCACGCCUUUCCAGUAUGCUACGUCAAACCGGGAUACGGAGACAAGGAGAAAGGAGAUAACAACGACUCAUCAAUAUUGGCUAGACAUUGAGGUGCAGGUUCUUAUCCCAGGAUUUGCGGAGUAGCCUGCCAGCAUGGGGUAGCUGGAGGCCGGGGAACGCUUGGACGGACAAUCUAAAAUCGGGUAGAAAUAUCAA